GAUUUGACAAACGUGAUAGAUACUACCUGUGUACACAAUGCGAGCAUAUAAAUACCUGCCAGUCUUCAUUGUUCAAAGAUACAACUCAUUCAAGACUGCACUGCCUGCCCCUUUCAUGGUUUUUUCCCCUUUCGCAUGUUACUCCAAGCAAUCAUGAAGGUUCUUCCUCUCUUCCCACUUUUCUCUGCAACGCUAUGUCUUGCAACGGCCAUUCCCUCCCAGCCAGCUGUCUGUGGCCCCGACGAGGCGGUCAUAUUCCUGAGCAAUGGCACCACAACAACCGUCAAGAAAGCUGAGUUGGCCUCGCACCUGCAAGGCCUCACCUUCCUUUCCCCGGAGGCAACCGAUAGCGCCUUUCCACGGCUGAUCAAAUCCAAUGCAUCUCCAUCCAACAUCACAAAGCGCGGAUCAGGCACGGAGCUCAUCAUCCCGCUCCCUGAUCUCGACUUCCUCGGAUGGGAUGUGGCCAUGUCAACCAUCGUGCACGCCAACCAGGCUGCCGCCACGGUGGCCAUCCAGGCUGGCCAGUCGAUUGCCAAUAGCAUCACCACAGGCACGUCCGCCGACUUCACUCUCGUCAAGGACUUCCUGUCUGCGUCCACCAGCAUCAGCUAUCAGGAGACAACAACUAGCACGGUGACUGGCACGGUCACCAUGACCAUCCCAGCCAACAAGUGGGGAGCGAUCGUGAGCAACCCUUUGACCCAUCGAAAAAGAGGCUAUGUCUUCACUGGCCAGCCAGGGAGCGGGCAAUUCGAGUAUUACCAGGCCGAUUCCUUCAAUGACGCGAGCUUCAACCUUGAGGGAGGGACGCUGUCUUGGGUUAAGGGAGUGGUGACGACUUGCCUGGGUGAGACUUAUCCGUUGGCGCGAUGCGUGGGUGAUGGUAGUCUGGAGUGAUAGUUUACUGCUCUUAAGUUCCAGAAUUUGGGUAGGUUAGAGUCUGUGAGACAGUGUUAUUCUGUCCCGCUAGUUAACAGCUUUCAGUCUAGAGGGUUGUUCAAGGCGCUGACAUGGGGCUCAUGGAAAUCGGAACUUUAUCGACUGUACAAGUAGCCCUUGUCAGAAAGGGCUCUGAUGUAUUCUGGAAAGUCAACAUAAUAGCUUCUGUAUACUAAUGCUCUUCCCUG